AUGGAGAAUCAUAUUGAUCUUUAAACUUUCGAUUUGAAUCAGUGUAAUUUGAUUUAAUAUAACAGUAACAGAAGAAGAAAAUGGAAAGGCAUACCCGAAAGUUGAAUCAUCAGUAAAACAAGACCUAACAGUCCUCGCGUUGAAGUUUCCCCCCUCAAUUUAUUUUUUCUAUUAGUAUCGUUCUCAUUCUUUCCUUUUUCUUUUUCACUUUCUUUACAAACACAAAAUUUCCUUUGGGUUCCUUCAAUUCUUUAACUUUUCACUUCAAAUUCGUUGAUUCGUUAUUCUCACCUCAUGUUCUGCUUCCCCACUAAUUGACAUGAGAUUUUUUUUGGCGGGUGAUUUACAGUUUCCAUGAAGAAAAAGGAGAUAUAGAAAAACACAAUGUUUCGUUCGAUUUAGAGAUGGGUUUUUGAUUUGAUUUUUGUAGUCUUCAUUUGGUUGAAACAAUGAACAGGCAAAAGCCGAAGCCGGUGACGGUUGGUGACUUGGUGGAGGAAGCCAAGAAGCGAAUUGUGAUUUUAGCUAUAUGCGUCGUCGGAUUGUCCUAUCUUAUGUCAGUGACAAGCUCCUCGGUUUUGGUUAAUUUGCCUGCUGCUGCCUCCUUAAUCAUUCUCCUCCGGUAUUUCUCGCUCGAAUAUGAAAUGCGGAGGAAAGCUGAUGCAUACAACAUCAAAUCUGAAGCUACAGAUGCCUCAACUUCAAAGCAACCACCAGAAUGUCCUAAAGUUGUUGGACAUUGUGAUUGGAGACGUAAAGUAAAUUCUCCUGUAGUUGAAAAUGCAAUAGAUCAAUUCACAAGACAUCUUAUUUCUGAGUGGGUGACAGAUCUAUGGUAUUCUCGUUUAACACCUGAUAAGGAAGGUCCAGAAGAAUUGGUGCAGAUCAUAAAUGGUGUUUUUGGGGAGCUAUCAGACCGCAUGAGAAAUAUAAAUCUCGUUGAUUUACUCACAAGGGACCUAAUUAAUCUCUUUUGUUCACAUUUGGAGCUUUUUCGUAUCAGUAAAGCUAAAUUUGAAAAUCAGCAAUCUGCACCACUAACUAUCGAGUAUCGAGAUGCUGAAAUAAGACGUGUUCUGGCUGCAGAGAAUAAACUGCACCCAGCUUUAUUCUCUACUGAAGCUGAGCACAAGGUGUUGCAACAUUUGACGAAUGGUCUAAUUUCUCUCACAUUCAGGCCCGAAGAUCUGCAGUGCACUUUCUUUCGUUAUGUUGUCAGGGAGCUUCUGGCCUGUGCAGUAAUUCGACCAGUCAUAAACUUAGUGAGUCCAAGGUUUAUAAACGAGAGGAUCGAAUCUGCUGUUAUAUCUAUGACAAAGGCUAAAAGAGGACUUAAUGCUGCACAAGAUGCAUCUCAACACAAACCAAAUAGUUCCUCAAAAAUCCCAUCUGAUCAUUUUUCUAAGUUUCUAGAUCCUUCUGUCACUGGUGUUGAACUUGUACAGUUGAAAACUAAUCAGUCCGGAGCUGCUGGAGGCACCACUGCAGCAGAUAACCUAAAUGGAACACAACUUUCAAAGGAUCCAUUGCUUUCCAUGGAUACUCGAACUUCUCGUUCAUGGAACUCUGUGUCCUUGAAUUCACAAACUGGUGCUGAAAGAGGUAUCGAACGACAUCGUUCUGGUGGAGAAUGGGGUGACAUGUUAGAUCUCAUGUCACGUAGAAAGACUGAGGCCCUUGCUCCUGAAAAUUUUGAGAACAUGUGGACAAAAGGGAGAAAUUACAAAAAGAAGGAAGGUGAAAAACGAUUAACUGAACAAGUUCCACAGCAUUCCUCUGCUGGGAACCCUGCUACAGUGGAUCAUUCAAAAGUAGUAUCUAAGACCAGAGACAAGUAUCCAACCAAGCUUAACUCAUCUGAGAGUCAUGGUGCUCAACAUGCACUAACUGAUCAGUGGAAAAUAGAAAAAUCAUUCCCACAUGAAGUUAGGAAUGUACCACACUGCUCUUCAGUCCUAUCUUAUCAGGAAGAUGAUGAUCACGACCUUGUUGAUUUGGAAGAGGUUGAAUCAGAAAGCAAUGAUUCCUUCACUUCAGGAGAAGAAGAAACAGGAAAUGUACUGGGUCUUGAUGCUACUGGAACUAAAGUUUGGGAUAGUAAGAGUAACAGAAAUCUGACCGUUUCUCACAUUCAUCAUCCACUUGAAAAUCCUGAAGGCCAUAUGGUAAAGAAGGCUGGUGGAAGGCGUGUCCACUAUCGAAGAUUAACUAGAGCCACAUCCAGCAGGAAAAGAUCUAGAUUGACCGGUCAGAAGUUGCCUGUCUGGCAAGAGGUUGAGAGAACAAGCUUCCUAUCAGGAGAUGGACAAGACAUACUUAAUUCACUGAAUGGACAUGGAAAAGCUGAAUAUUCCAGUGACGAUUCUGAGGCUGAAUUCUUUGGUAGACUUCACAGUGGAGCAAGUGCUUCUUCAUCUGCUUCUUCUGUCGCUGUUUCAGAAACUUAUAAUUUGACUGCUAAUUCCUUGCAAAGUUCGUUGGCUGUGGGUUCUUUUUUUAAAUUGAGAUGUGAGGUUUUAGGUGCAAACAUUGUGAAGAGUGGUUCUAAAACAUUUGCUGUUUACUCCAUAUCUGUUACAGAUGUAAAUAACAAGCAUAGUUGGUCUAUCAAGAGAAGGUUUCGACAUUUUGAGGAGCUGCAUCAGCGCCUUAAACAAUUUCCAGAGUAUAAACUUCACUUGCCGCCAAAACAUUUUCUCUCAACAGGUUUAGACAUUCCUGUAAUACGAGAACGGUGUAAAUUGCUUGAUGAAUAUUUAAAGAAGCUCCUGCAGCUUCCUACUAUUUCAGGAUCAAUUGAAGUUUGGGACUUCUUAAGUGUUGAUUCCCAGACAUAUGUAUUCUCGAAUUCUUUUUCUAUCAUCGAAACUUUGUCAGUUGACCUUGACGAUAAUCCAUCUGAAAAGGGAAGAAAGGCUUCAAAUGUUAUGGGGCCUCUGAUGGGUCCCUUAUCUUCCAGGAGACAACUAUUAGACACCGAAAGCAAGGGACCUUCAUCGCAAAUCAGGCCUAAUCAUGCAACAGAUGGAUCAAGAAAAGCAAAAGAUGUGCCUUAUUCUUCAUCAAAAAAUCCCACUGAAGAAUGGUGCAAGUCUGUUGAAGAUACAGGCAGUGGUGAUGCUAGAGUGCGAAAUACUUCGUCUAUAAAAAACACAGGGAAGAAUGUUAAAGGAAGAGAGAAUGAACGAGUGGAAGAUGCUUCUGAGUUGCUUCUUGAUGCUGCUACAUAUCCGACCCUUCCUGUAGAGUGGGUGCCACCAAAUUUAACAGCUCCCUUGUUGGAUUUGGUGGAUGACAUUUUCCAGCUCCAGGAUGGUGGAUGGAUAAGGCGGAAGGCUUUUUGGGUGGCCAAACAAAUUCUACAACUUGGAAUGGGUGAUGCUUUUGAUGACUGGCUGAUAGAAAAGAUCCAGAUGCUGCGCAAGGGGUCAGUUGUUGCGUCAGGGAUCAAGCGGAUUGAGCAGAUACUUUGGCCUGAUGGAAUAUUCAUAACCAAACAUCCAAGGCGACAACGUCCACCACCAUCCAGUAGCCCAUCCCAAGCUUCACCUCGUUCACAAUCUCCUGAAUUAUCUUCACCUAGAUUGACUGCUGAGCAGCAACAACUGGAAGCAGAACGUCGUGCAAAAUUCGUUUAUGAGCUAAUGAUUGAUAAAGCACCUGCUGCUAUUGUGGGUCUUGUUGGUCACAAGGAAUAUGAACAGUGCGCCAAGGAUCUCUAUUUCUUUAUUCAGUCUAGUGUCUGUUUGAAGCUGCUGGCAUAUGACCUUAUUGAGCUAUUGAUGUUGUCGGCAUUUCCAGAGAUGGAAUAUGUUUUCAAGCAGUUGCAUGAGGAAAAACAUAAGUUUGGUGAAUAUAAAGCGAACUAAUUGAGAUUUGAUAUGAGGAGUUUGAAUAAUAGAGGUUUGGCCUUGUAAUGCCCCCUCAGGUAAGUCGAAUAUUGAGAUUCAUAUUUGCCAUUGCCCUUGAUUCAUUGCAUUGAGGAGAUAUUUACUUCAUUCAUGUGUUUACAGUGCCAUGAUCUUCCACUUCAUAUAGAGCAUCAAAUUCUGUAAUUAGUUUUUUUUCUUAAAAGGUUCACUUUUGGAGGAAAUUGUAAGUAAAUCUUGAGAACAGUGAAUAUAUAUUAAUAUAAUGGAAAGCUUUUUCCUGCA